UAUAGAACAAAUAAUCGAUUCUACUGUUAUUAAUGGGUCCCCAAAUUAAAAUAGUCUACAUAAUUAAUCCAUCCUCCAAAUAUAUUUUUGAGAAGAGAUUGAUGGUUAAUUCUUUUAUUAGUUGUUUAAUUUCAACAAAAAAGAACAUUAUUUGUUUAGUCAUAUGCUUCUCUUUCCCGAACCCACAGGAGCAGGUGUUUUCUCUUCACCUGGGGCUGUAUGUACCCAGUUUCGAAUCACGAAUCAAAGAGUAAGAUCUGUUAAGGCAUUUCAGUUUUCGCACACAGUGAUCGGGAGAAAGCUACAACAUGCCUGAGAAUUCAACCUCCAACAAUUCCACGCCUUCAGGACUCGAACAUGAUGAGAAGCAGAACUGGGCUGCGUCGCCUUCCACUGUUUUCAACCACUUUGCUACCAGUGGACUUUCCGUGGCGGUUGCAACUGGAGUUACUCACCCUUUAGAUGUAUUGAAAGUAAGGCUACAAAUGCAACUUGUUGGCCAGAAAGGUCCUUUGAGUGGAAUGGGAAAAAUAUUUAUAAGUGCGGUGAAAAAUGAAGGACCAAAGUCUUUGUAUCAAGGUUUGACACCUGCACUUACAAGGUCAGUUGUUUAUGGAGGACUCCGCUUGGGCCUUUAUGAACCCUCUAAGUAUGCCUGUGAUCUUGCUUUUGGCUCCUCCAAUGUUUUAGUUAAAAUUGCUUCGGGAAUGUUUGCUGGCGCAAUUGCAACUGCACUGACAAAUCCAAUGGAAGUUCUCAAGGUUCGUUUGCAAAUGAAUCCAGACAUGAGAAAGAGUGGACCAGUUUCAGAGCUUCGAAGGACUUUAUCUGAAGAGGGAAUCAGAGCUUUGUGGAAGGGAGUGGGCCCUGCCAUGGCCAGAGCAGCAGUCUUGACUGCAUCCCAGCUGGCUACAUAUGACGAAACCAAACAGAUUUUAGUGAGGUGGACAUCUCUUGAAGAAGGAUUUCCUAUACAUUUGAUCUCAAGCUCUGUUGCAGGCAUACUCAGCACCCUUGUAACUGCACCCAUAGAUAUGGUUAAAACACGUCUCAUGCUGCAACGAGAAGCCGCCGGAAUUAGAAUAUAUAAAGGAGGGUUUCAUUGUGCAUACCAGGUACUGCUCAGUGAGGGUCCAAGGGGACUUUACAAAGGGGGCUUUGCAAUUUUUGCAAGAUUAGGACCACAAACCACAAUUACAUUUAUACUGUGCGAGGAGCUAAGGAAACUCGCUGGAUUGAAGGCAAUCUAGUGACAGGAAUCUCCACUGAUAGCCAGUGCCUACACCAACUAACCACUACAAUAAUGAAAGGCUAAAAAACUAAUACCUUUGCAUACAAAACCCCUCCCAAUUGGGAAAAUUCUUUUUUGUUUCUCGUUAUUUGCCCAGUCAUUUGAAGUGCAUUCCCCCGUGAACAAGAUUACAUUUUUGACCUGCAAUAACACAAUGAAUAUUAUGAGAUUCAUUUCUCUAGCAUGCAGUUGUCAUGCUUUUUUUUUUUUUUUUCUCUUUCCAGGCUUACUGCAUUGUGGUGCUGACCAGUUAGAGAGACUCAAAAUUGUUGUACUUUCUCCCUUACCACCACAAUUGUAUUAACAAAAGGGUAUUGAAUAUUGGUUGUUUUUUGCAUGGAUGGUUUGGAUCUUUAGAUAGUUUUCUCCUCUCAGAUAGUGUUUGCUUUUACUUCCUGUUCUUGUUUUGUAUUCUAGGCUAUUUAGUUGUUGGGGAUUUUGGUGAGCAAGUACAUUUUUGGAGAAACUUGAUAAGAUACAUACUCUUAGGUAUAACGUGUAAGACAUUCUUGAUUGGAAUUUUGGUUGCAACCAACUCAUUUGAUUUUAA